GCCCCGCUCGGCCCCUCAGGGCGGGCCUGGGAUUGGGCAGACGCCGAUCCUCCCUGAGCAAGAAGAGUCAUUCUCUUCCUUCUGACCCUGGAAGAGGAGAGACAACAACCGAACCCACCCCCUACCCACUGCAUGUCCUUGUUGGUUGGACUGGGGCUCCUGGCUUUGGGACAGAUGUUGGAAGCAAAACUGGAGUGUCAUGGUUUCUUCUUGCUCAGAUUUGUCUUAGUGCUUGGAUGGUGUGAGUGAAAACCCAGAGGAAUUCAGUUGGUGGCUGAACUAGUAUGAUGCCAUCACAGGAUUCCAUGACCUUUGAGGAUAUAGUUGUAGACUUCACUCGGGAAGAAUGGGCCCUGUUGGACACUUCCCAGAGAAAGCUGUUUCGAGAUGUGAUGUUGGAGAACAUCAGUCAUCUGGUCUCUAUUGGCAAUCAAUUCUGCAAAUCAGUUGUGUUUUCCCAUUUGGAGCAAGUAGAGAAACUUUCAACACAAGGAAUAAGCUUACUGCAAGGUAAAGAAGGUGACAUUAAACAUCAAGAAAUACCAUUCUUUCAGCACAUUUAUCAGAAGGACACAUCAGCCAUCAGCACAAUGAGAUCUCAUACCCAAGAUGAUCCUUUUCUAUGUAAUGAUUUAGGAGACGAUUUCACUCAACAUAAACCAUUGACUCAAAAUAUGGUUCCUUACAUGAGUAAGAAACACUUUGUAAGCAAAAUGUUUGGGAAAACCUUCAGUAACCAGUUAUCCUUUAAUCAACACAAGCAAAUUUACACUAGGUAUAAAUCAUAUGUAAGUCAUCUAUUUGAUUAUGCCUUUAUGCAAAGCUCUGACCUUAGGCCACACAAUGUGACUGAAAAUAGACAGAUAACUCUGGAAUGUCAUGUGUGUGGGAAAACCUUCAGCAAAAAUUCAAAUCUUAGGCGACAUGAGAUGAUUCACACUGGAGAGAAACCACACAGAUGUGAUCUGUGUGGGAAAGCCUUUACUCAUUGCUCUGAUCUUCGAAAACAUGAGAGAACUCACACUGGAGAGAAACCAUAUGGAUGUCAUCUAUGUGGGAAAGCCUUCAGUAAAAGUUCUAACCUUAGACGACAUGAGAUAAUUCACACUAGAGAGAAAGCACAGAUAUGCCAUCUAUGUGGGAAAGCCUUCACUCAUUGCUCUGACCUUAGAAAGCAUGAGAGAACUCACUUAGGAGAUAAACCAUAUGGGUGUCAUCUAUGUGGGAAGGCCUUCAGUAAAUGUUCUUACCUUCGACAACAUGAGAGGACUCACAAUGGAGAGAAACCAUAUGAGUGUCAUCUAUGUGGAAAGGCCUUCUCUCAUUGUUCUCACCUUAGACAACAUGAGCGAAGUCACAAUGGAGAGAAACCACAUGGCUGUCAUCUAUGUGGGAAAGCCUUCACUGAAUCUUCUGUGCUUAAACGACAUGAGAGAACUCACACUGGAGAGAAACCAUAUGAGUGUCAUAUAUGCAGGAAAGCCUUCACUGAAUCUUCUGACCUUAGGCGACAUGAGAGAACUCACACUGGAGAAAAACCAUAUCAAUGCCAUCUCUGCGGAAAAGCCUUCAAUCACUCUUCUGUCCUUAGACGACACGAGAAAACUCACACUGGAGAGAAACCAUAUGAAUGCAAUAUAUGUGGUAAAGCCUUCAAUAGAAGUUAUAAUUUUAGACUUCAUAAGAGAGUUCACACCGGAGAGAAACCAUAUGUUUGUCCUCUAUGUGGAAAAGCCUUUAGUAAAUUUUUUAACCUUAGACAGCAUGAGAGAACUCACACUAAAAAGUAAUGAAUAUUAAGAGUCAUCAGUCAUAGCGUUAACACUAAAUACACAAGAGUACUAACAUAUUACAGGAACAUUAUGUCUGUAAUUAGUGUGGAAAAGACUUUAUUUAUAAAUUACCACUUCAUUCUACCUAAAUUCAAGGUACAAUCCAUAUGUAUUUCAUCUAUAUGGCACAAACUUCAGACUCUAGGCUGAUCAUAUACAACAUGAGAGAAUGAAACUAUAGAUCAAAAGAAUAUGGAGGAAUCUUCAUCCACAGCUCUAACUGUUAAACAAAGGGAGAAAUCAUGUCAGAGAAAUUCUAUGCCUGUCAUCAAUGUGAAAAUGCCUUCAUUGUUAAUUUACCCUUUAAACAAAUCAGUAAAAUCCACAGGAGAAAAACCAUAUGUUAGUAAUUGCUGUGCACUCUCAUUCAGCUAAGCACCAAUUUUGGUGUGUGCCAGAAAAUUCAUUAUCAGGUAACUGAUAAAAUGGUAAAUAUAUGGAAAUAUUUUUUAUUAGGUGGAUGAAGGUUCUUGAACAAUUCCAGAAACUCAUAGUGGAGAAGUUAUUCCAUGGAAACUUGUGAGAAAUCCUUUUCUUAAUAGAGUAGCACUUGUAUGAUAGACCAGAAUUCACAUGUGGUAGAACUCAAAAUGUCAUGAAUGGAGGGUAGUUCUCAGUAAAUUACUCAUUACUUAAUAAAUAACAGCAUUUUUCCACUGAGAAAACAAUCUUGACAUGAUAGUGAGAAAACCUUCAGGCAGCUUUUAUGUCAAAAAAAGACAGGAAAGAAAAGUCUAAAGAGCCAUUUAUGAGAUGUAUAGCCGGGGGUCAAGAAAUAAAACCAUCAAGCAUAUGCUUGAGGGAAAAAAAGUAUAGUUUUGAACAAAGAUUUUCUACUGAAAAUAUAUAGGAUGAAAUGUACAAUUCUGAAAUAACCUGGGAAUACUGAAUGCGGAAUUAUGUAAGAAGUAAUAAGACUAAAUUAGUACUGUCAAAAGUGCAAGCAUUAAGUGUUGUUGCUAAAUAAUAGGUUGAUUAAACUCUAGGAUUUUAAUUCAGUUUUUAACACAUUGAUUAGGGUCAGUUAGAAAAUAGGACCCUGCAUGGUGGGUCACACCUGUUAUCUCA